AUGCGCGAGCGGCGACGGACCCCGGUGCGCCCCCCUGCGGACCCCUUCCUUGCCCCCCUGCGGACCCUGCUCGCCCCCCUACGGAUCUCCGCCGCGCCCCCCUGCGGACCCCUCCGCAUCCCCCCGCGGAUCUCCGUCGCGCCCUCCCGAGGACCCCGGUGCGCCCCCCUGCGGACCCUGCUCGCCCCCCUAGGAUCUCCGCCGCGCCCCCCUGCGGACCCCUUCCUUGCCCCCCUGCGGACCCUGCUCGCCCCCCUACGGAUCUCCGCCGCGCCCCCCUGCGGACCCCUCUGCAUCCCCCCGCGGAUCUCCGCCGCGCCCCCCUGCGGACCCCUGUGCGCCCCCCUCACGGAUCUCUGCCGCGCCCCCCGCGGACCCCUGUGCGCCCCCCCCCACGGAUCUCUGCCGCGCCCCCCUGCGGACCCCUUCGCGCUCUCUAAGGACCCCGCUCGCCCCCCCUGCGGCCCCCCCCCGGUGCGCCCCCCUGCGGACCUCGUCCCCCCCCCGCCCGCGGACCCCGGCGCGCCCCCCUGCGGACCCUGCCGCGCCCCCCUGCGGACUCUGCGGCGCCCCGCCGAGAACCCCCGUGCCCUCCCCUGCGGACCCCUGCUUCCCCCGAGGCGGACGGCUCCCGGCCCGUCCGGCGGCGGACCCCCUGCCCCCCCGCCGGGGUCGCCCGUCGCCCCGGCCGCCGCCCCGGCCCGCCACCCGGAGAAGAUGGCCCGCCCGCUGCCCCUGAGCCCCACCUUCGUCCCCCCCAGCUACGGGGUCCUCAAGUCCCUGCUGGAGAACCCCCUGAAGCUGCCGCUGCACCACGAAGACGCGUUUGGGAAAGACAAGGACAAGGAGAAGAAGCUGGACGACGACGACGGCGGCGGCGGCGGCGGCGGCGGGGGCAGCGGUGGUCCCGCGGUGCCCCAGUCCGCCUUCCUGGGCCCGACCCUCUGGGAUAAGACCCUCCCGUACGACGGAGACACCUUCCAGCUGGAGUACAUGGACCUGGAGGAGUUCCUGUCCGAAAACGGCAUCCCGCCCAGCCCCGCCCCGCACGACCACGCGCCCCCGCCCCCGGCCCUCCAGCGGGGACCCUCCGUCGUGGACCUGAGCGGCCGCAGCGACGCGGCCCUGCGCCCCGCCGGCCUCGGGACCCACGGCUGCCUGCCGGGCCCCGGACGACCAGGGCAGAUUUUACCGUCGAGCCGCAACACGCCGAGCCCCAUCGACCCCGAGACCAUCCAGGUCCCGGUGGGCUACGAGCCCGACCCGGCUGACCUGGCCCUGUCCAGCAUCCCCGGACAAGAGGUCUUCGACCCGCGGAAGCGCAAGUUCUCGGACGAGGAGCUCAAGCCACAGCCCAUGAUUAAGAAGGCGCGGAAGGUCUUCAUCCCCGAAGACCUGAAGGACGACAAGUACUGGGCGCGGCGCAGGAAGAACAACAUGGCGGCCAAGCGCUCCCGGGACGCCCGGCGGCUGAAGGAGAACCAGAUCGCCAUCCGCGCCUCCUUCCUGGAGAAGGAGAACUCCGCCCUCCGUCACGAGGUGGCGGACCUUCGCAAGGAGCUGGGCCAGUGCAAGAGCGCCCUGGCCAAGUACGAGGCCCGGCACGGGCCCCUGUAGCGGGCCUGGGGGAGCGGGCCCGCGGGGUCCACCGGGCGCCCGGCCGGCACGGCCCCGGCUCGGUAGCCGCCCCCCGGCCCCAGGCCGACCGUCCCGGAGCCAGCACUUUACCCAAAGCAGACACACGGCGGGGGACUGUCCCAGCACCUCCCGCUUUCACGAAGCCCCCGGCUCCCCCCCCGACCCCCUUUGUCAUUCACGGGAACGGGCGGCCCACCUUUUUAACGCGUCCUCUGCCGCCGCCUUCCCGCCCUCUCCCCCGGCCCGUUCCCCUUCAGGCUACAUCUCGGUUCCCUCACGCCCCCGGCCGCUCAGCCGUCGGGGAGAAUCCCGGCCCCAAGGGCAGAUCUCAGUUGGAAGGGAGCAAGCCAUCGUUGACGUGUCCGCCCCGAUGCGACGACGUGCGAGUCAGGUGCCCGAAAUAACUCCGUCCCGCCCGGCGGACGGAUCCACCCCUAGCUUGCUCUCCCCGGACUCCAAGUUUCGGGGGCUACCGUCUUCAGGUUCCGGGCCCCUUCCGCCCGCUGGGUCCCACCUUCUCCUCGUCGGCUAAGUUUCCUUUGGAUUUCACCAUCCCCGGGUAGGUCAGAGAUCCCAGAGUGCCCGUCUGCACGCGGAAACCAGAAGCCUGCCGGGCACCAGAGCAUGUUGGCCCCCCGAUUAUCUGUACAGGACCCUGGCCCGGGCCCUCAGCCUCGCAAAUGUCGUAGACAGAAGACGUUAACGCAUGCCGAGACGCACCCAUCCCCCCGGUUCCCUGGGACCCCCCCCCCCCCGGCCCUCCGGAGCACAGCCCGACGGCCUAACCCUUGCCGGUGGGAAGAGAGGGCCGGACCCGAGUCAGAUGGAACGGAACCAAAACCGGACAGAUGAAAGAGAACCGACAGCCAGGUCCCCCCGCCCUGGACGUCGAAAGCGGUUUUUGUGGGGCCGAGUUCCAAAGCUCCGGGCCACUCCAGGACGGACUCCGUUUUUCACUUCUGUAAUAUAUUUUAUGUAGAUAGAUAAUGCUGCUUUUUUUUUUUUUUUAAUCCAACCCACUUCGCAAAGUCCCCGUUUGGCAAAAGCCCCCCGGUGAAGGCCGUUCUGAAACGGGUCAAAGAGUGACGGUCCCGGAACCUCCCCCCUCGCUGUCGCACCGUGCUCGCCGCCGGACGCGUCGUUCUGCGACAACGCGGACUCUGGAAGAAUGAAUGUAUGAGACGUUGGCGAAUCCCAGGCGGGGUUGGUGUUGUCGCGGACUGUGCUUGAUCCAAUCCAGUUAAAUGUUUACUAGAGACCAAAAGGAGAGAUUAUAAAGUUGUGUAAUGUUUAUACAGAGUAAUUAUAGGAAGUCCUUUUUGUACAGUAUUUUUCAGAUACAAAUACUGACCAUGUAUUUUGAAAGACAUAUAUUAUAUAUAGCGAAGAGAAAAGGAAAAAUAUUUCGUGUUUUGAAACUCUAUAGCAAAGAUAUAUAUUCACCGAUACUGUACAGAGAAGAAACACUUUGGAGGUUUUUUUUGAAAUCUUUCCUAUUCUAAGCCUGUCGCUUACCACUCCCCAGCCCCCGACCCCAGCAUGGUUUCUGCUUUAAAUUAAAAUGGAGGUUGCGAGGCUUUCGAUCGUA